AUGGACUCGCUCAAUCUCUAUCUUCUUACUUUCAAUUGCGCCCGCACGCCAGCCGACGUGGACUUGUUUUCAAAGCAUUUCUUCCACGCACUUCCUCACACCGCUGGUUCGCAAGACCUGUCCGUACCGCCCGAGCUGAUUGUUCUAUGUCUCCAGGAGAUCGCGCCUAUUUCCUACUCCUUUAUUGGGGGGUCGUUCCUCGCGCCUUAUUUCGAUGUGCUUCGUCAGGUUGUCAGUCAGGCGGUGUCUAAACGCUGGGGCGAUGUGCACUAUGCUGAUGUGGUCGCGGAUAAUUCUGGCAUGACCGGCCUUAUGGUCUUUGCCCGGUCGGACGUUACCGAUAGAAUCUCACGGGUUGAUAAGGCGCGUGUUGGAGUUGGUAUUCAACAGAUGGGUAACAAGGGAGCAGUCGGUGCACGAUUGGGUUAUCAGACCGACGAAGACGGAGAGACCUUGGACUUGACCUUUGUCGCAGCGCAUCUUGCCCCCUUCGAAUACGCAUUCGAGAAGAGAAAUGGCGAUUGGCGAGAGAUUGUACAGAGAUUGGUGUUCUCUCGACAGGCUCGCCAAAGUGUCGACGCUGGAGACGAAUCAGAGAGUGCUGCCCUUCUCCAGGAUUUGCCGUCGGGCUCUAGUAGCGAAAACCAGGGCAUGUUCACCCCCAACAGCUACCUCUUCUUUGCCGGUGAUCUCAACUACCGUACCUCAAACACCCUGCCACUCCCUGGGGACCAUGCGCGAUUCCCGACAUUCGAUGCCGACCCGAGUAGUGCUGUGCACCAUUCACAGCUAUUCAAAGAUGACCAGCUCAAUCGAGAGAAACGCAAGUCCAGAUGCUUCCAUGGCAUGUCUGAAGCACCCAUCAAUUUCCCACCGACAUACAAGUACUCAGCCAAGGCCCGCCGGGCGGCCUGGGACGCAGCACGGAACAACACAGAGUUUCAAGAUUGGAAAUGGACAGCCACUCGCUGGCCAAGCUGGUGUGAUCGUGUGUUAUAUCUCGACACACCGACAUGGAUGCAAGACCAGGCGCGGGUCCAAACCCACGGCUAUGAUGCAUUGCCGCUAUUUCCGACCUCUGACCAUCGUGCAGUAGCACUGUCUGCCUCUGUCCCGCUGAGGCCGAUCCGGGUCCCGGACGACGUGGAUCCUGCGACAGAUGUGCGACUAAGAGCCCCGUUCCCCAUCGAUCCAGAAUGGGAACGUAAACGAGACGUCGCUCGAGGCAAGGAGAUCAUUGUGGGCUACUUGGCAUAUCUGGGCUUGACGUGGGAAGGAAACGGUCUCGUGCUGGCGUCGAUUAUCGGUGUAGUCGGCGCAUGGCUUGUGCUUCGAUCGCUCCUGGCAAUUUGA